AUGAAAUUGUAAAAUAUUCGAACUAUUGAUUUCAGCAAGGCUAACAAAUAGAUUAAGGAUCUAUCUCAUAAAUUUUUAUAGAGCAAGAUGCUUAGAAAGAACAAAGAGAAUUUCAAUCCAAAUACUAGUCAUUAAGAUGCUGCAGCAAAAUUAUUAUUAGAAGCUCUGCAAAAACCAAUACUGAGAAAUCUUAGAGAUUUAAUUAGAAUUAAGUAGUCAGUAGUUUGUGAGAGAAAUAUUUUUGAUGAGGUUUGUUCAAUGGGUGUAAGUGAAAAUAGUGACAUAGGAGAAGGAUUCAAGAUUUCUUUUGCAAAUUUGAGUAUCAAAUAAGAAAGUAUUGUGGAUUGUGAAAGUAUUCAGCCUACAAAUGCACCAAUAUUAUUAUUUAUGGUGAUUCAAAAUAUUAGAAAGAAGAAAAUGAUAAUCUCAUUCUAAGAAAUCAAAUUUUUCAUACUAUAAAGAAGUUUGAGCUCAGUUAACAAAAGACUUGAAUAUGCAAAAUAAGAAUAAUUGCGUAAAAUUAUUGUUAACAAAACAAAGUAGGAAUAGUUAUUACUUUAAGUAUACUUGAAAUAUUGGUCUUAAUAAACACAACUUCUUAUAUUUUUUGAUCAUUUUGGUUCAAAAAUAAUGAAAAUAUACAAAAAUAGAUUGAAUGAAUAUAUAAUUGCAAUGAAAUAGUAAAUAGCAAAAAGAGAGGCAGCCUAACAUUUAGUUAGGAUUGUAAAUAAGAAAUUAUUUGAAUAUGGACAAAAUUUGAAUAAAGUGAAAAACAAUUUACAUUUGUAAAAUUGUUUGAAAUAGGUGUUUAUAAGAUAAUUGAGAAGUUCAUUUUAGUAAUUGUUAUAGAAAAGACAUAGAUCUCCAGUUAUUUUUGAAUUAAUGAAUAAAUUUCAAAAUAAUUUAUUGAGAUAGAGUUUAAAGAUUUUUUAAUUGCAUGUAUUAAGAUAGAAAAGAAGGAUUAAGUCAUUUACAUAUGGUUUUGAAGAUCUUAAUAAAAUAAUGAAUAAAUUAGAUUAUAAAUUGGGUUUUAUUAGACUUCAAAAUAAAAACUAAAAAUAAUAAAGAUUAUUGCCAACAAAAUUUUUAAUAAUGAUUCUUAAAAAAAUACAGGACAGGCAAAAACAUUGGGUUUUGCGAAAAUUAAAUUAAUGA